AUGAAAAACUACUCGGGGACGAGAAUAAUACAAAGCAGCAGAAGCCUGAACACUGAAAAGGUUAUAAAAGCUGCUAUUGUAUUAUUCGACGACACCAUUGACAUGACCCCAUGCCCCAGUCUAACAACUGAGAAUAUUGCAGUCGCAAAACUCAGAACAGGGGCGUGGGAGAUUGGAGUGGUGUCCGUCUACCUGGAGGGGGAUAAACCAAUCGAACCAUACUUGAACAUGAUUGGAGAGGCCGUGGAAAGCAUAGGGACAAGGAACGUGAUACUCGGUGGUGACGUAAAUGCGUGGAACACCUGGUGGGGAAGUCGUGAAACAGAUAUUAGAGGGGUGGAGCUUGCUGCAAAGCUUGAUGAAUUGGAACUACAUACUUUAAACAGGGGUACUGAGCCUACAUUUGAUAUCAUUAGAGGUGGGAAAAGAUUCUCGAGCUGUGUUGAUAUUACUACUUGCUCGACUAGCCUGCUCGGAAGGAUGCAUAACUGGAGACUAUCCGAUGAAAUAACUAGCUCAGACCACAGGGCAAUCUUAUUCGACAUAAAUUUGAAGAAAUCAAUAGGCACGGAUAUAAAGAGAACGACUAGGAUGUACAACACGAAGAAGGCAAAUUGGAACAAGUUUCGUGAGAAACUUGUCCAGAUUUGGAAUGACAAAAGGUUAGAUAAAGCAACAAUUGAUGGAUUAACAAAUACAGAAGAAUUAGAGGAAAGAAUUAACGAUUUCACAAAUUCAAUGACAGAAGCCUGUGAAUACAGUAUACCAAAGCUAAAUAUUAAAAAACGAGUAGGACUGCCCUGGUGGACUGAGGAGCUAACACAGCAGAAAAAGGAGGUCUCCAGGUUGAGACGCCGUAUCUCAUACGCAGCGCCAGUCCGACGUGAGUGGGUGGUCGAGCAGUACAAAAGGGCGAAAGAAGAAUAUCAGCAGGAAAUAAAGAGGGCUCAGACCACCAGUUGGAAAGACUUUUGUAGCAAGCAGGAGAGAGAGACUAUGUGGGAUAGUGUGUAUAGAGUAAUUAGCCGAACAAUGGUGCGACAGGACGAAAUCCCGCUUGUACAAGGUGUAAAGACAUUGGAAAGAGAAGAAUCAGCCAGGAUCCUGGCGGAGACUUUUUAUCCAGAGGAUCAAAACGAGGAGGACGACACGGAACACGAGUUGAUGAGAGAAGUAGCUAAUACAGUGAAUGAGGGGACACUUGAUAGUUCAAGUGACCCACCCUUUACAGCGGAGGAACUAACGUGGGCCGUGUCGAGUUUUAAUCCGAAAAAGGCGCCAGGUGACGACGGCUUUACAGCAGACAUCUGUAGAGUAGCUAUAACCGUGGAUUUAGGACUGUUCUUGGCACUGGUCAAUAAAUGUAUGGAACUCACAUACUUUCCCAAUAAAUGGAAGAAGGCGGUAGUGGUAGUGUUACGGAAACCGGGUAAAAGGGACUACACACACCCCAGAUCUUACAGGCCGAUUGGGCUAUUGCCUGUGCUGGGCAAGGUCCUCGAAAAAAUGGUGGUCCGAAGAAUCAAGUGGCACAUCGUACCAAAGCUAAGCCGGAAACAAUAUGGGUUCAUGCCGCAGUGUAGCACCGAGGACUCCCUCUAUGAUAUGAUGCAGUUCAUAACAACCAAGCUAAACAUCACGUCCUCGCAGAAGGACACCACUGCAUCCCACGACUCUGCGCUACCGACCAUCUUAACCUAA